CUGUAGAGAUAGAUUUCGUAUUCGCAUAAAUACUGUACGAAGAAAACUAGAUUAAUUCGGAAAAUGGUUUUUACAAAUGGGAGCGUAUGUAGUGCAAUAAAUUGCACCAACAAUAGGAAAAAGACACCACAUUUGUCGUUCUUUAGGUUUCCUAAAGACCCAGAGAGGAGCAGGAAAUGGGCAGUGAAUUGCGGAAGGGUCGACCUUUUGCAGAAAGAUGUCCUCUACCUGUACCAUAACGUGAAGUUCUGUUCGCAGCACUUCGAGCCAAACCAGUUUAUGAAUGAAUUAAAAAAGCAGCUGGUGUGGAAUGCAGUACCUACAUUAUUUGACGUUCCAAAUAAGCCGCAGCAAGUGCCGCUGGAGAGGAAGCUGCCACAAACACACCGUAAAACAACGCCGAGAGCAAAAAAACUGUUUUUUGCCACAAAAGUAACCAGUCCCUCCAAAACAUCAAAAUCCUCAACACAGUCUCGUUUUGAAUAUGAGAUGUUGGAGAAGGUCAAACUUAACUUGCAGUCUCCUGAAGAUGACAAGGGUUCUGACAUGAUCUCUGACCAACAGAUGUUUGAGGCGGUCGAGUGUAAGGUGGAGCCGAUAGAGUGUAAGGUGGAGCCACGUGAAGAGAACACGGGAUCUGACACAGUUCCUGAGCCACAGAUGUUCGAGGCAGUUCAGUGUAAGGCGGAGCCACAUGAAGACAAUACAGAAUCUGACACAGUUCUUGAGCCAGAGUUUUUUGAAGGAGUCGAGUGUAAAGUGGAGCCUCGUGAAGACGACCUAAGAUCUGACUCACCUUCUGAACCGCAGGACUUUGUAUUUGUGACAGUGAAGACGGAACCUUCUCAGGAGAGCACAGCAGAUACCAGCCUGGAUGUGUUUGAGGCAUCUGCGUCAGCAACCAAAGGAGCUGACAGCACAAAAACGUGUGGCGGAGCAGCUCCACACCCGUCACCGGCUCUACCGUCGGUUACCGGUCGAAAUCAAAAAUCGAUUAUCCACAGCCAGGCCAGAAAAAUAAUAUUAAAUGUGGCAUACUGUUGUGACCUGGAGAAACAGAAGAAGCAACUGAUCUUCCCACUGAACGAGCCGCUGAAGCGAGCCGCUGUCUAUACCGGGAGGACUGUGGAGAGCUUGCUGGAGUUGAGGGAGUCUCCUGAGGCAGACGCUGGCGGCAGCUCUCCGACGCCCAUUCCCAACAAGAAGAGGAAAUUAAACGAUGAAAAAAUUGACGACUUCGACGAGCGAGUCUUGAGGGAGACGAUCGAGGAGUUCUACGUGGUGCGGAAAGCGGUGCCCACGCUGGGGAAGCUCCUGUCCGCCCUGCGGGAGAAGACGGGCCUGGAGUGUGAUAGCGCCGCUCUGAGGAAGAGGUUGAAAUCGAUGGGGUUCGUCUGGAGGAAGGUCGAAGAAGACGACGGGCGGACCUUCUUACUGGAGAGGUUCAGUCUGGUGCAAUGGCGCUCGCGUUUCAUCGUGCGGAUGAAGCACGCGAGGGAAGUCGGCAGGGAAAUCUUUUACCUGGACGAGUCGUGGAUAGACGCGGGUCUGAACUGCGGCAAGUGCAGGGACGGAAAAGCUCCAGGCGGUGGCGGUGCGCUGGUCGUGUGGAGCGUCGGAUCCCAGAAGGGGUUCGUCAGAGGGGCCCAGCUGUCGUUCCACAUCGGCUCAGCAAAGAAGUGGACCGGCACCGCCGACUUCGAGAAGUGGUUCGAGACGGGCGUGCUGCCUAACCUCCCGCCAGAGUCUACCGUCGUGGUGGACGGUGCUCCACACCACUGCAGGCGGGCCGACCCGGCGCCCUGCGCGUACGAUCCGAAGUCGCACAUGGUGACGUGGUUGCGCAGGAGGGGCGUCGCGUGCGAUGAGACAAUGAUGAAGUACGUGCUGUGGGAGUUGAUUCGGGCGAAUGGCGGCUCUCGUAAGGCCUACAUUGUCGACCAGAUGGCUUCUGUACAUGGCCACUCGGUGGUCCGACUGCCGCCGAACAUCCGCGGACUGAGUGCAGCCGACCUGGCGUGGGAAAAAGUUGUGAAGUACGUCCGACAGCACGCGGCCCCAGGGCUGUCGUUCGCCGAGCUGCAGAAGAUCGUGACCGCCGCCUUCCAGAGGGUUACUGCCGCAGACUGGGAGGGCUACUGCGGGAAGGUGCGGGCUGUCGAGGAUGACUACUGGAGGUGCGACGGUGUUGCGGAGGGAGCUGUCGACGACGUCAUUCUGAACCCCGGCACGCCCGACAGCGGUGACGAGAGCGAGGACUCGAUCACGGAAGACGACGAGACCGAGAGCGACUGAGUGGGAGCAGUUCGUAAUUCUGCGCCUUCAGGUUGUCGAUGUCGUUGAUACAGCACUCUACACUAAUGGUGGCCUUGCCUCACUGGGUGAAUAAUUGUAGGCUGUGAUUGGCCCCAGCCUUACCUGUGAAAAAGUUCUGUAAGUCUGCAGGGAAUGUCGAGGACUCACCCUCACGGGCAGCAGUGUUGUGUCAAUGGCCGGGCAGUGACGACGACGUAACAGUAUUAUGAGGACAGCUGGUGCUGGCAGCUCUCUGCGUGAAGAGUGGCCCAAUGAAUCGUUAUCCAUCUUCAGUGAUAAAUCUGGCCACAGAUACACGUGCAAAGUGUGUAGAGAAAUAAUCUCCAGAUCUGUGCUUUCAGCUGCACAAACAAUGGAGAAUAGUGUUCUCCUGUGAAAAAAUAUUUUUGUUGUGUUAUUUGUAAUGAAGCGCUCUGGUUAGAUUGUGAGGUUACUCAUUUGCAGUUGAAGUGGUGUACCGAUUCUCUCUCUGUGUAAGCAGGUAGCGUCUCUCACAAAUAGUAGUAAGAGAGUGCCGUGUGUAAAAUAUUUGUGAUAAGUCCGAUAAAUAAGUUUCUGGUGCGUGCUGACGCAAUGAUUUAAAACUGUAAGAGAGUGAGACUUGUAGAAAGUCUCUGAGCGGCGAUGAAGAGAAUAUGAAACGGCACAGAAUCUCAAACUGUGGAAAAUCCGGGACGGAAUGUAACAAUAGGAGGGAAGGGAAGUUGCUUCGUAACUUCAGCAACUGAAUUACAUUCUCCUCCAGAGUUUCGAUUACCUCUCGUCGUGCCCCGUAAUGAGAAAUGUCCUACCCACUAUCCUUCCCACCCCUCCUGCCAUGGUAUUCUGCACCUCCACCGAACCUACACAAUAUACUCGUCCAUCCUUACACUGCCUUACCUCGUGGCUCAUACCCCUGCUAUGCACCUAGGUGCGAGACCUGCCCCGUACAUCCUUCUACCACCACCUACUCCAGUCUGGUCAUUAACAUCACCUAUCCCAUCAAAGGCAGGGCUACCUGUGAAACCAGUCAUGUGAUUUACAAGCUAAGCUGCAACCUCUGUGCUGCAUUCUUCGUAGGCACGACAACCGACAAGCCGGCCCUCCGCACGAACGGCCACCGACAAACUGGCCAAAAAGCGAGUGGACCACCCUAUAGCCAAACGUGAUAUCCCUCAUCUCGAUGACUGCUUCACAGCCUUCCCACCAACACCAGCUUUUCUGAGUUGCGCACGUGGGAACUUUCCCUGCAAUACAUCCUACGUUCCUGUAACCCUCCUGGCCUCGACCUUCGUUAGUCACUGCCCUCACCCAUCCAGCACCCUCCCUGUUCCCAUUCCAGAACUACACAGCCGUCAUUUCACCGCCACACCCAGUCUUUUAAUUUAUUUUUAUUUCUCUCCUUUCCACUACCGUAUUUACUCAAAUCUAAGCCGCACUUUUUUUCCGAUUUUUGUAAUCCAAAAAACCACCGGCGGCUUAGAAUCGAGUGCAGAGUAAGCGGAAGUUCUGAAAAAUGUCGGUAGGUGCUGCCACAACUAACUUCUGCCGUUGAAUAUAUGUAGUGCUACACAGGCAUGCUUUGCAGGCACAAAGAUCAAUACUGGCGCCAAAACCUCUGCAUCUGUAAAGAAAUUUUUUUAAAAAAAGGUGGAAGAUGAUUUUUUUUCUCCACCCCGAGUUUCGACCACUGCAUUUUCAUACAUUAUCCAAUGAAGUAAAUACAAUUUCUGUAUUGUUCAUCUUCGAAUGUAGCAGAAUUUCGAUGUACUACGAAAAUCCGACUGGCAAGACUGUUUGGGUUGUUUCUCAACAUGACCAACUCUACGUUCUGAAUUAUUUCCUACCUGUGAGAAGAGAUGGUUAAUAAUAGGAACUUUUAUGAAUUGUGAAUCACAUGCAGUAUUCUCUUCACCGUAAGAAUAAUACGAAUAUAAACAUUUUGCCAUGUAUUCUUUAAUAUAAACAUUUUACCGUGUAUUCUUUCGUGUUUGCUGCUAUCUCAUUUAAAUUGUGUCUGCCUAAUAAACUACAGAACUAGAGUGAGACAACAGCAAACGCGGAAAUAUAUACAUAUCAUGUCAUGUUUAUAUUCAUAUUAUUCUUAUGCCUAAUAGUGAUACAGUCAGAAAUGAAGCACGGCAAUUGACUAGAUUUUUAAAUCUAAGAUGACUCUAAUUUCUGUGCAGAAUGUAAUGUACUAAAGAGGCGUCUGCAAAGAUUUUCAAACGGAGAAAAAUUUUCGCUAAACUCUUGUUUAGAACAUCUCCUAUCGUAAGCAGGCUGUUACUUGGUUCUUGUUGAUUAUUAUGAAAGAAUGCAGCAGUGUAAGUAACAACAAAUAGCAGUCUCUUGCCAUUGUUUCGCUAAUGAGACGAUUUCUCUCUCUCUCUCUCUCUCUCUCUCUCUCUCUCUCUCUCUCUCUCUCUCUCUCUCUCCUUUUUUUAAAUUGUGAGCGGCGGUAGCGUGCACAAAAGCAAAUGCGACAACCAAUGCAUGACACAGUACAGUAAUGCAUUUUCAGCUUAGAGCGAUGUGAACACCUAUAACACAGAGAACGGCAAUUAUCAGAUCAAAGAAAAAUAAGCAAUCGAUUCAAACCAGGCGAAGCACGUGAAAAAGGAAGGGUACCCGUAUAAAUACUGACUGAGUGCCUGAUGCAUAGCAAUGGCUACCUGGUAAAGCUUAACUGCUAAGUUUACGACUGGAUCUAAACUACUGUCGCUGUAUCGUCAUUCAUUCGACCUAAAUUGUGUCUCAUAUUACAACUGACCAACUUUGUUUCAAUAUGGAGGUGUGGCCUAAAGCUUUUCUCUUCCCUUGAAUUUCGAGUCUCAAGUUCCGGGUGCGGCUUAGAUUCGGGAAAUUUUUUUCCCUUGAUUUCGAGUCUCAUUUUUCAGGUGCGGCUUAGAUUCGAGUAAAUACAGUACUUACUCCCUUCCCCCUCCACAC